CUGUUCAAUACCGACUGAAAAUUAGCAUGAGACCAAAUUUAAUAUAAAAAGGAAAAAGUAUGGUCAACAUUUGUUGAAAAUGGGGCCGUUGACCAGAAUGACGAUAAGUUUGAAUGCAGCAAUUUUACGUUUGACUCCAUUUUCCAGUGUUCUAACAGGAAACAAACGUCUCUCCACUUACAGACAUGGAAUGUAUUAAGAAGAUGGGUGACAUAACUCACCAUAGAAUCAAGACCAAUGGAAUCUGGAUGCACGUUGCAGAAAAAGGCGAAGGACCGGUAGUCCUCCUCCUCCAUGGCUUCCCGGAGUUCUGGUUUUCAUGGCGCCAUCAGAUCACUUACUUAACUAACCACGGUUACCGCGUGCUCGUACCUGACCUCCGCGGCUAUGGCGAUUCCGACGCUCCGCCCUCUCCCUCUUCCUACACCGUCUUCCACAUCGUCGCUGACCUCAUCGGCGUACUAGACCACUUCAAUCAACAACAGGUGUUUGUGGUGGGACACGAUUGGGGAGCACACGCCGCCUGGCAUCUUGGCCUUUUCCGGCCAGAUCGGGUGAAAGGAAUCGUUGCUCUCAGUGUUGUGUUCUCUGCUAGAUCUCCAGACAUCAGUCCGAUUCAAUCGUUAACCAAAUCAUUCGGAGAUAGUUUCUAUAUGACCCAAUUCCAGGAAUCAGGAAGAGCAGAGAGGGCUUUUGCGAAAUACGAUUGCUUGACUCUAAUGAAGAAGUUUUUGCUGAUCAACCAUGGCGAUGUACUGGUAUCACCUCCUGGAAUGGAGAUUAUCGAUCACAUGGAAACUCCUUCAUUGCCUCCAUGGAUUACAGAAGAUGAGCUUCAAGUGUAUGCAGAUAAGUUUCAGGAGACUGGAUUCACAGGAGGUUUAAAUUACUAUCGUGCUAUAGAUCUGAAUUGGGAGCUGCAAGCGCCAUGGCAAGGGGCUAAGAUAAGAGUUCCAUCGAAGCUGAUUGUUGGGGACAAAGAUAUUGGAUAUGAAAGUUGGAAAAAAGCAUACGUUCAUGGAGAUGUUAUGAAAGGAUUGAUUCCUGGUGUUGAAGUUGUGAUUAUGGAAGGCCACCAUUUUAUUCAACUUGAGAAACAUCAAGAGGUUUCUGAUCACAUCUUAUCUUUCCUUAACAAACUUGCAUAAGUUAGGGUUUUAGUGUCUCAUAAACCCAAUGCAAAUAUUGUUGGACUUUUCUUUCUCCAGUUUUUUGUUUUUAUUUCACGAACACAUUGUAAAUUUUGAAGUAAUCAAAAAGGCUCAACAGACGUGAAGUAGGAACUCACACAUUUGGACUGCAUAUGUUGUUCAUCAUCCGGUGGUUUACAGUUAAAACCACAAAACCACACCUUAUAUUCGAUUUCAGUUUUUUAGAAACUGCAAUAGAUAAGCUUGAAGAUACACAUGUUUCAUGAUUACCAAAAUAAAUUUUAAUAAAUUGAUUGAUAAAUUUAUUUAUUCGAGUUUUUUAUAAAUAAAAAUGUCAAAACUGGGUAAUAAUUUAGGGGUGAGCAUGAACCGGGUUGGGUCAGUUUUGCGGUAAAAAAUAACCCAAAACCGAAAUGUUGUUUUUCAAAAAACUAGAACCC